AUGACGAAUACUACCAUUCACCUUCCAAGCGCUAAAUCGGUUGAGGAAUGGCAGCACGUCAGCGAUAUACAUUUCCUUGAGACAACUCCGAGAUCUGUACCUCUCAGUUCCUUAAUUUCGUACCCAGGACAGGAUUAUAUCGAUAGAAUUAUUUCUCUUAAGGCAGAAAUACCUGCUGCUAAACACCUUCAAGUCAUUACAGAUUUGUUGAAGGAUUUGGAAGUUGCAAAGAGCUAUCUCGUUGAAAUUUACUCUCACAGAGGUUUAUUAAUGCCAAUCUCAAAGGAUGAAAGUUUGAUACAAAAACUAAGUAGCAAUUCGCAAUCAGCUCAGACAGCCCUACAAAUGUUACACCAGCUUAUUGCAAAAUUCCAAAAAGAAAAAGACGAUUUAACUGUAAUUACACAAAAUUUGACGCGCAUGUUGUAUAGCGAAAGCUUAUGGUCAAAUGGCCAAUGGAGUGAUAAAUUAAUUGAAACUUUUUGCGAAAUUUAUUUUGUUUUAUUUACAAUCGAAAACUUACAGCCUUCAAAGAAAUCUGUACUGAACGAUAUCUCCACGUUGAUGAAAAUCUCCAAAGGAGCGCAGACAGGAAACGCUGCAGAUAUGGCAGAAACAACAAUUCGUAUUUGGCUGGGAACGACAAACGCUAUUACUCAAGAAUUCAUCAAUUCGAUCUUAGCUAAUCCUAACUACAAAAGAAUUAGUCUCAUUACUGAUAUUUUAAUGGGAUAUCUUCGAAAUCAAAUUGAAAAUCGUUCUUUCAUCAAUCAAGACAAGAAAUUCCAAUACAUCACUCUACUCAAAUUCAUCAUAAUCGUCUAUAACCAGGCCUACGAGAAGGAACAGAAAGACAAAAAAGGUCAAAAGAAGAAAAUGUUCAUUCUCAAGCCAAUUGACAUCGAAUACACCGGUAUGGCUAAAGCAGCCGUAGAAUCCUAUCGUUUCUUACCACUUAUUUACGAAUAUACCGUUGCUACAAACGUUGGAAUUCACAUUGACUACAUUACCCUUCCAAAGAAAGGGACAGUGAAGAAUCCAAUACAAUUCCCAAGGAAGAGGCUUCCAGAAUUGCAAGAAGAUGCCCAUAAAUUCUUCUCAAUUCUUACAGAAAUCAUUAAUGAUCUUAAUAACAGCCCUGUAGUGUCCGGAAAGCAGAAACUUGACAUGAAUAUUAAUAUUUGCAACAAGUUGUUCCAAGAAUUACCAGGAAUUUUGAAGAUUAUUUCAAUGUCAAUGGGAAUUGUCAGAGAAAUGAUCAUUGCCAAGCAGAUUGAAGCCCCAAAGAUCGAUCAGAAUGCAGAUCAGAACAUUUCCCUCUACGAAUGGGCCAUGCGCCGUGGUUUAACAGAAGAAAAUUCACUUCUUAUACUAAAUAUCCUUUGGUUGGCCAAAUCCACCAAGGAACUUUUAUUAUCAAAUUAUACAACGAUCUUCCAGGCCAUUUCCGAUUCAAUUCAGACCACUUUACAGAAUUUUGCAAUUAAUAUCCUUCCUCAAUCAAUUUUGAGGAACCAGGAGUACAAGGAUAUCAUCACAAACAUCCUUGAAGUGCUCAGAACAUUGCUAGGAUACUUUCCGAACGGAAUGAGAUACGAAAUUAACGCAAAGAAGGCUUCCAAGGUCGAAAAACACGAUGUUUCGAUAGAUAUAGGUACACCACAUAUAUAUCUUAUCGAACUUCUUCGCGUUCAGCUUCAAUUACUGGUAAAUCCAGAUGCGAUCGCUGUUUCAAGGCAAGGAGUAUUCAAAGGACAACCACUCGAUAGCGAGGAUGAGAAAAUAUUCAAAGAAUUCCUCGACCAAUCAUCAUAUUUCAUAGAAUUACUUGAUUUGAACAAUACAUUGGACAAAGUAUGCGACCAAUCAUUCCUUUACUACAAGGAAUACUAUCUUGAUCUCAACAAACGCACUUUCUUCCCUGUAAAUACCUCAAUUCCCGUAAUUCUUUCAAAAUAUGCUCUGAAAAACUACAGAAAACUCGAUUUGACAGGUGCUAUCUUCUAUCCAUUGUCCAUUUACGAUGAUGCAGCAGCCACAGCCCUUAAAUACCUCAAAUCUAAGUAUCUUUUCGAAGAAAUUCGCGCGGAAGCAUCAAUUUGCAUCCAAUACUUAUCCAGAGAGAUUGCACAACAAGCUCUGAACCCAAUUCUCAAGUUCCAGCUCUUACAAUUCAUGCCAAAAACAGUUGUUUCUCAAUUAAAAGAAUCAAUGUUAAGUUUAGAUAUGAAAGAUGAGGCCAAUCAAGAAGAUUUCCUCAAGGAAGAUAUUUCUUCACUCAGACUUGGCGUAAUUUUGCAGCAAAACACGUUAAGUAUCCUCGGAUGUCCAAUUGACACUAAAACAUUGAUUUCUGAUAACUUGAAUGAGCUCAUUCACGAGAAACUCAAGGCAUUGGUCAAUAUACUUGAGUCGUACGGCUUGUUCUUUAUCCCAAUGUUUUAUCGUAUCAUAGAAAUCCUCCGUAGGACGCAUGAAUUGCUUUGCUCGUUUGGAUUAAUACUUAACCCGUUCAAUGAUAUCCUUAGACUUGCUCUUUCUACUGAUAAUCCCUCAUCAUUGCAGUCAUUGCUUCUUAAUCACGUUUAUUCUCACAUUGAGAACAUACUUGUACCAGAUUGCUCAUUUUUCUCCUUCCCAAUGCGUGUUCUUCCUAAGGGAGAAAUGAAUAUAAAGCAAGGAAUCGAACAAAUUUUCACAAAAGACAUUGCUUCGCUUUUCAACGCAUAUCUCCUUAAGACAACACGCAUCAUAUCAAUCGAAUCCGUAAAAGACCUCUUCUGGAUGAUAGAAGACGGCGCAGGCCAAGUUUUCUCUUUACUUUUCGCAACUUUGUUGGAAGAGUUAGAAAAACCGUUUGUUAAAAUUUAUGACAAUGUUCGUAAAAAUUUGACAAGAAUUGCCAAUCCGCCGGCAUCAGCAACAUUCGCACAGGCAUUUGAUGUCUUUGAAGGUGCCUAUCACUAUUUUAUUGAUAAUCAAGAGAUCCGAAAUUGUUUGUCUCUUAUGAACCAAAUCGGAAACGUCCUGAUGCUUGCCCAGCUCUUCGAUAACGCAUUGAUAUUGAAGAGAACAACAGGAACUUUGUCAUCAUCUUUCAUUUUGUCAACAGAUCCAGUUGACAACAAUGAAAAGAUGCCGGAAACACCGGAAGUCUUUGAGUUAUUCGAUAAGACAUUCCAAUCUUCAAAGCCAUACUUCUCUUACUUAGGAAAUAAGAUCGGAGAUAAUGAAAUUCUUCUUCCGUUCUUGUCUUCAUGCGUAAGAGAGUUGGUGACUCUUUUGCUGCAUGAUUACGCUCUAUUUGCUGAAACUUCUCCUAAUUUAUGUGAUGUCAAGUCACAAAAAGGUUUCGCAGCGAUUUUCUCUGUCUUAGAGUUCAUCGCUAAUAACGUAGUAAUCAUGGAUUCAAGCAAAGGGGGUGGUUUCGCAAAAUUUGUUGAAGGAAUUUAUUAUUUCGCAGCUGUUGUUUUACAUAUGACCAACCAGAGAAGGCUUUUCAGAGCACUUUCAAUAGGAGAAAAGCUUAUUUCACACUUUACGGCAGAUUUGGGCGUAAAUGUUGACGAUAGAACGAAUAAGUUCGUGGCUGCUACGAAAUAUUUCAGUACUUCACUUUCAUCAGCGUUCGCUACACUUCAACCAAUUAUUUCUAGUAUUAUUAACAAAUAA